AAUACUAAUCAAUCCUCCAUGGACCCUCAUUUCCCGUCCUCCACCUCCCAUUUUCACAUAUAUAACGAACACCUCUUAUCUUCCCUUUACUUCUACCGUUAGUUUUUGCGUUCAGUAGCAGAAUCAGGAUUUGAAACUCGAGAAUAUAUCAGAUGGCGGCGUACGACGCAACUGGCGGAGCGAACCCGGUCUGGCUGAACAAAGGUGACAACGCAUGGCAGAUGACCUCCGCCACGCUGGUGGGUCUCCAGAGCGUGCCGGGGCUCGUCAUCCUCUACGGGAGCAUAGUGAAGAAGAAGUGGGCGGUAAACUCCGCUUUCAUGGCCCUCUACGCCUUCGCCGCCGUCGUGAUCUGCUGGGUGACGUGGGCCUACAAGAUGUCGUUCGGGGAGAAGCUGCUGCCGUUUUGGGGCAAGGCCGGGCCUGCCUUAGGGCAGAAGUUUCUGCUCAAGCAGGCUGCCAUCCCCGCCUCCGCACACUACCACGCCAACGGCGAUCUCGAGACUGCCAUGGCCACGCCGUGGUACCCUAUGGCUAGCAUGGUGUACUUUCACUGCAUGUUUGCGGCCAUAACACCGAUACUGUUGGCAGGGUCGGUGCUGGGGAGAAUGAACUUCAAGGCGUGGAUGAUGUUCGUGCCUCUGUGGCUGACCUUCUCGUACACUGUCGGUGCGUUUAGCAUGUGGGGCGGAGGGUUUUUAUUUCAUUGGGGAGUUAUGGACUACGCCGGCGGGUACGUCAUUCAUCUUUCUUCAGGGACCGCUGGUUUCAUCACUGCUUACUGGGUAGGACCUAGGGUGCAGAUGGACAGGGAGAGAUUCCCACCAAACAACGUGCUGCUGACUUUGGCGGGAGCAGGGUUGCUGUGGAUGGGAUGGGCCGGUUUCAACGGCGGAGAUCCGUAUGCGGCCAACAUAACCGCCUCCAUGGCUGUCCUCAACACUAACAUCUGCGCCGCCACGAGUCUCUUGGUGUGGACGGCGCUCGAUGUCAUCCUCUUCAACAAGCCCUCCGUCAUCGGAGCAGUCCAGGGAAUGAUUACCGGCCUCGUCGUCAUUACUCCCGCUGCAGGUCUUGUACAAGGAUGGGCAGCAAUAGUGAUGGGAGUAUUGGCUGGCAGCGUGCCAUGGUUCACCAUGAUGAUCGUAGACAAAAGGUGGAGACUCUUAACCGCAGUUGACGACACCCUCGGCGUCGUCCAUACCCACGCAGUGGCCGGAUUCCUAGGUGGCAUAUUGACCGGCAUCUUUGCCGAGCCCCAACUAUGUAAGCUCUUCUUGCCAGUCACGAACUCUCGCGGGGUAGCCUACGGGGGCAUCCAAGUGUUCAAACAAAUCGUAGCCGCCCUGUUCAUCAUCGGAUGGAACAUCGUGGUGACCUCAAUCAUUUGUGUGGCAAUUCGGUUUGUGGUUCCUCUACGCAUGCCGGAGGAGCAGUUGUUGAUUGGAGAUAACGCAGUGCAUGGGGAAGAGGCCUACGCUUUGUGGGGUGAUGGGGAGCUGUACGAUCAUCCUUCUAUUAUUAUAAAUAAUAACGGACGUGUGGCUGAGCCUCCCAAUUAGGCUGGGUUCCAAACUCAUUUUCAAAAAAACAAAAACAUUAUUUGGAAAAUGGUAAGUUUGCAUCCAGUGGCGCCACUCAGGCUGUCUAAGCUACCCUCCUACCAAAAUAUCAUUGUGAAUUUUAUCGGUUACAGUUGUACGUGUAUUGUCACUGAAACAAUUACAUGUCCUCAUUUGCAUGUAUAUUGUGAAUUAUAUCGGUUACAGUUGUACGGGUAUUGUCACUGAAACAAUUACAUGUCCUCAUUUGUAUGUAUAUUGCUAUUUGGGUUUGCAUUUGGCUUA